CUGGUGUUAUCGAAGCCAAACAAGAUGGAUGAUUGUGCUUGUUCAGGAAUAAGACGUUGUUUACUUUGUGAAGACAAAAAGGACUUUAUCAACGCGUUUAAUACAGACGCAAGUCAUAAAAACAAGAUCAAAACUUUGAUGUUUUGUAUUAAAUGUCAGGAAUUGUGUUCAACAGCUGUGUUACAAGAUGAUUAUUUAGGCAAGUCUGAAGAAACUUGCUCAAAACAUGAUUGCAUAUUUCAGAUUAUGGUAUCUGGGAUAACAGUUAUUGAGGAUUUUAUUACAAAAAGUGAAGAGGAGUUUAUGGUGGAAGAGAUUGAAAAGUUUCCGUGGAGGGUUUCACAGUCAGGAAGACAAAAACAGGAUUUUGGUCCUAAAGUUAAUUUCAAGAAAAAGAAGCUUAAAACUGGCAACUUCACUGGUCUUCCAAGUUUUAUACAAUUCAUUGUCAAAAGAAUCCACAAAGAUAUUCUUCAACUUCAUGAUUUUCAUCCCAUUGAAUUAUGUAAUCUUGACUAUAGUCCGGAACGUGGGGCAGCUAUUGACCCUCACAUCGAUGACACAUGGCUUUGGGGCGAACGUCUUGUUACAAUCAAUUUACUGUCUGACACAGUUCUUACAUUGACAAAUUUGGAAAAAUUGUAUGAAAUCAGAAUACCUAUGCCGAGAUAUUCGCUGGUGAUUCUCCAGGGUGAUGCAAGACAUGUGUGGAUGCAUGGGAUCAAACGAGAGGAUAUUAAAUCACGAAGGAUUGCUAUCACCUUGAGGGAGCUCUCAGCAGAGUUUCUCUCUGGGGAAGGGUAUACAAGAACUGGAAAACCACUGCUAGAGUUAGCUGAAUCUUAUAAUGGAUUGCCAACAUCCACAUAAUUAAUGAACUAGAACUACAAUGAGUUAUUCUUUAUUUUAUAUGUAGGCAGAUAUUUCAAAAUACAUGUACUUAUAC